CUCACACUCUCUUACUGUGAAGAUGAGUUCACGAUCUUUGAGGGGAAGUCGUCAGAGGAAGAUGUUGCAGCUGGACCUGAACAUGGUGCCACCAUUAGAGGACAACAGUGUCCAAAUUGAUAUUGAUCCAAAUCAGGAUGAUACAGAUGAUGAUGAUGUGGUUGAACUGUCACCAACUACAUUUGCUCAGACUCGGAGCAAUCAGAAGAGGAAGAUUCACAGGAGGAGCAUUUAUGAUAUAGAUGAUGAGACUGGAGAAUUGCCGAAAGAGAUAGUAAUUGACGGAAAGGUCUAUAGAACUGUGGAAACUGGUAGCAGUUCUACGGAAGAAAAUGAGAAGAAGACAGCUGAACCUCCUGAACCUCCUAAGAAGCCGCCUGCACUUGACUGUCCAAUAUGCAUGGCUGCUUUUGAAGAACCAAUGUCUACGAGGUGUGGUCAUAUCUUUUGUAGGGGUUGCAUUAACCCUGCAAUAGCUGCACAGGGUAAAUGCCCUACCUGCAGAAAGAAGGUUACGAAGAACCAACUCAUAAGGGUGUUUCUUCCAUCUCUUAGUUAAAGGGGAUCUCCGUGGCCAAGUCUAAUUGAGGAGAAUCACAAAUACAAAAGUGUAAUCUCCAGAUUUUUUUUAGUGGCUGCUUUAUAUUUGUUGUGGCAAAAGCCUAUUGAUUUUCU